CGAACGAAAAAAUAUAAUUCGUCUCUUUGUUAUUUUUAGUCUCUUUAGUGCGACAAACGAGCAGUCAACGUACGAUAGCCGUCGUGCGAAGGAUAAUGUUUAUUUAUGUUAAAGCAAAAUAAUGGAGGAAGUUAACCAGCCGGACAAUAAUGCUCGGUGCCGAAUAUGUCUCAGCGGAGAUCAGCACGACUCAGUGCCACUGGACGGCGAGGCGGAUGAUAAGUUGACUUACGCGGAUUUAAUAACGUUGAUCAGUGGAGUAGUGAUAUCCAAGGAAGAUUCUUUCCCAAAAUGUUGCUGCGGGAGCUGCUCCAAACGCCUGCUGAAUGCAUACGAUUUGGCCAAGCAAUGUCGAGAAUCGGACGAAGAACUUCGAGCGGUAGACAUAGAUCAUGAGCUAGGCGAAGGAAGUGAUGGUGGAUCAGAGUAUUCCGAGGAGGAAGAUACAGAAGAGGAUCAUGGGACAAGGAUAGUUGAGCCUCCACCGGAUAUCAUCGGGUUGACGACAUGUUGUGCGUGUCGAACGGACUACGAAACUGUGGAAGCAUUUUCCAACCACAUUGCCAAGGUCCACGGACCGGACCGCACAAGUGACGAUUCGAAGAAGCCUUUCCAGUGUGAGGUGUGCUUCAAAAGGUAUUUCAAGAAAACAUCUUUGAACAGACACAAGAGGAUGGGGGCGGCUGGACCUCGAAUUCGAGCGCUGAAGGAUGAAGAACCCACGGAUUAUCGAUGCUGUGGUUGUCGGAAAGAUUUCGCAUCAGCUGAGGAUCUAAGUAGUCAUUCCAAUUUGGAGCAUGCUGCUGAACGUACGGUUGAUGAUACGAGGCCAUAUGAGUGUGAAAUAUGUUUCAAGCGGUACUUGAAUAAAACAUCUCUAAGUAGGCAUUUCCGAGAGCGACUUGUAGAGAAGCGACCAGAGAUGGUUAGGAAGCUUGCGGCCAAUCAAUGCUGUGGAUGUCGUGAGAAAUUUGCCAGUAAGGAGCAAUUGGAGCAACACUCUAAACAAGUGCAUGAACCUGAUAGACGCGAUGACCUGGAUGGUCUCAAACCAUAUGAGUGUGGAAUCUGUUUCAGUCGAUAUUCAUCCGAGGGAGCGUAUAACCGACAUAGAACGUAUAUAUUCAUGGAUCAGCUGUACAAGUGUCAGCAAUGUGACAAGAGCUUCGUCAAAAGGAUUAUGCUUCGAUGCCAUGAAAGAAAAUACCACAAUGGAGUCCAAAACGACGUUAUCGGCCCGUAUCAAUGUUCUCGUUGUGGCAAAACAUUCAUGCAACCCAGCUCUCUGACAAAUCACGAAAAGAUUCAUACGGAAAACCGGCGGUUCGAGUGUUCCAUCUGCCAUAAGACGUUCUACAGUAAGGGCAACCUUCAGACGCAUCUAAAACUGCACGAAUCUACUUCCCGGGAGCGUGAACCACAGUACGAAUGUCCGAUCUGUCGGUGUCGCUUCAAGACUCCAAACUACCUGGAAGUGCAUUCCCGGGUGCACACCGGAGAAAAACCCUACCAGUGCAAGUACUGCUCGAAGAAGUUUGCCCACGCAUCCGGUCACAAGCGGCACCUGCUGACGCACAGUUCGUUGAAGCCGUUUGUCUGUCGGUUCUGCAAUCGUGGGUUUAGCCUGCGGCCGAACAUGUUGAUCCACGAGAAGAGCCACGGAACCGAUCGCGGUGUCAAGUGUGACAUUUGUGAGAAGGAAUUUGUCCACGAGCGGUAUAUGCGGAAGCACCGGAGGCGCCAUUUUGGUUAAGGGUUCUAGACAAACAUUUGAAAAGGACCUAUCUGCUUUUUGUAAACAAACAUGUUUCUGUCUCUGGGA